ACCCGACCCCCCCCCCCCCCCCUGGGACACCCCCUCCGCCUCCUGCUGCCGCUCUAGCUCACGGCCGCCGCAAUGGCCACGGCCGUCGCCGCAUCCGCGUUCCUCUCCUCCUCCUUCGCCCCACGCCACCACCACCGCCGCCUGGCCAGGCCCGUGACGCGCCGCGCCGCCCCGGCGGGACUGGCCGUGCGGUGCGAGCAGAGCGACAAGCAGAAGAGGCAGCCGCUCGCCGCGCUCGUGCCCCGCGAGCAGCGUUUCAUGUUCGAGGGCGACGAGCUCUGCGGCCCCGACAUAUGGAAUACAACAUGGUAUCCUAAGGCUGCAGAUCAUGUAACCACGGAGAAGACUUGGUAUGUUGUUGAUGCAUCAGAUAAGAUUCUAGGCAGGCUAGCAUCCACCAUUGCAGUACAUAUCAGGGGAAAGAAUGAACCCACGUACACUCCCAGUGUGGACAUGGGUGCUUUUGUUAUUGUGGUCAAUGCAGAGAAGGUUGCUGUUUCUGGUAAAAAGCGGUCGCAGAAGCUCUAUAGGAGGCACUCUGGACGGCCUGGAGGGAUGAAAGAAGAAACUUUUGACCAACUUCAGAAAAGGAUUCCAGAGAGAAUCAUCGAACAUGCAGUGCGAGGCAUGCUUCCCAAGGGCAGGCUGGGAAGAAGACUAUUUACCCACCUCAAGGUUUACAAAGGGGCAGAACACCCACACGUGGCUCAGAAACCUGUCCCGCUGCCUAUCAGGGAUAAAAGAAUACAAAAGACUGAUUAGAGAAUCACCAUCAAUUGAAAAAAAAAAUGCAGUGACGAAUUUCUCCCCGUAAGGUUUUGCCCAUCGCUUGGAAUGCCAUCCUCAGAGCCAUGCAUCUGUCGAGGGAGUGUAAAUCUUUUUGUAAUUUGAAUACCACAAAGUGAAAUUUCGUCAUAUUUCUUGUCAACAAGUAGUCAUGUCAUAUGGCACGAUUUGGCACGGUUUGAUUCGGCCCCAAAGCUCAGUUUUCGAGUUGAAGUUUGUAAUAUUGACCUGAUAUGAGAUGGUAAGUUCUUUCAUUGUUUGCCGUGAAGUUUAAAUCCGGAAGGUGCCAUCUUGAAAUAC